AUGGGUACUAACGGUGAUUCUGGUCGAGCGUCGUCGGUCGCUUCGAACUCGGGCAGCUUGGUGGACGCAUCGGGGUACAAGUACUCCGAGAAAGAUGCGAAACCUACGAAAAUCAAAUUGAAGAAGGCGGCCAAGUCGGCCAAGGCGAAGAAGGCUGCUGCGGAAGUGCCCGAAUCGCCCGGCUCGUCGCCCAUACUCCCGGAGAUCGAUGAAAAGACCAUGGCUGCCUUCCCAACGGGCAAGCCCCGUGGGGAAGACAAUUUGGAGACGGUGAUAUGCAAGACGUGCAAGAGGCCGGUCCUCAAACAGAAUGCGGUAGAGCAUAUCCGCGGCUGUAUCCGGGCGAAGCAGGAGAAGGCGCGGCGGAAGAAAGAGGCGCGCGAUGCGGCGAACCGGGCCAAAGAGAAGGAUAAGGAUGGGGAUGACGACGCCGCGGGCGGCGACAAGGACGGGGAUGAUUCGAUCAAGGCACAGAAGGGCGCGAAGAAGAGCGCCGUCAAGGGCAUGGCGGAGGACGGGACGAAGAAAGGCAAGAAGCGCAAGACCGAGGGCGAGGAGGAUAAGGAGCCCAAGAAGAAAAAGAAGAAGGAAGAGCCUAAGCCCAAGGCGCCGAAGCCAAAGGGUCCCGUCGAUGUUGAGAAACAGUGUGGUGUCAUUCUGCCGAAUGGGGCUCAGUGUGCGCGUUCGUUGACGUGCAAGAGUCACUCGAUGGGUGCGAAGCGUGCGGUGCCCGGCCGUUCUUUGCCCUAUGACAUGCUCCUCCAGGCGUAUCAGAAGAAGAACCAGGCCCGUCAGCAGAAGGCGGCCAUCGACGCGAAUGCUCCGCUACAGGAUGAUCUGGAAAACAACGGUCCCGUCGACUCAGACGAGGAGAAAGACGCCGUCAUGGCGGCGAUUCUUCGCUCGCGCCCACAACCCCUGGUCACUCAUCCAUUGAUCUCGACCAAGAAGAAAUACAAGUACGUGCGAAUCAAGGAGAUGCUUUCUCAUGCCUUGGGCGGAGCUCGCGGCGGCGGACUCUUCUCGACCAGCGAUACCACUCCAACAAACGAUGGGAAUCCGUUUCGGCCCGUGGACGAUGUUCCCCUAGCAUCCCCUGUCUCCUUGACGGGAUCGGAUAACGCACCGGAUACAGCGAAGAAGACCCCUGCGCCGGCUCCAAAGAAGCUACCCCUGGCCGCCUCUUCCGCUGCGAUUAAGGAUUGCGCACACCUUUCGCUUUAUGCGCCUCCGGGCGAGAGCUCACCUGUCGCUCCAGCUACACUCCCUUUCGGCUCAUCCCUCCCUCCACGCGCUGUCAAAGCCACCGUCACCCCUCCGUCGAAAAUGGGCAACCCAUCCGUUCCCGACCUCGAUGCUGUAGGCAUCAAAGCCGAGCCCGAACUGGCGGAUCAGUUCCGCCGCGAGGUCGCCGCCUUGUUAGGGCGCAAUAACCUCAAUUUCCCCGGCGCGCAGCCGGUCAGUUUUGCGAAGCGGCAUCUCCUCGAGCUCCAACGGGAAGACUACUAUGUGUGCGAGAAAACGGACGGCAUCCGAUGUCUUAUGUACUUUGCACGUGGUGAAGAGGACUCGCCAGUACCAGAGAUUCACUACCUGAUCGACCGCAAGAAUGACUACCGCUACGUGCCGGGCCUGCACUUCCCCCAGCCGGACGACGAGACGUUCCAGUCCUUCCACGUCGACACCCUGAUCGACGGCGAGCUGGUCAACGACACGUACGAGGAUGGCACGCAGCAGCUCAAGUUCCUCGUGUUCGACUGUUUAGUUCUGGACGGGCAGAAGCUCAUGCACCGGACGCUGGACAAGCGGCUGGCAUAUUUCAAGGAGAAGGUGCUCAAGCCGUACAACGCGCUCUAUAAGAAAUUCCCGGAAGAAAAAAAGCACCGCGCGUUCGCGGUCGAGGACAAAUCCACGCAGUUCAGCUACGGCAUCGAGAUGAUGUUCCGCGAGAUCAUCCCCAAAGUCAAGAAGAUCCACGGCAACGACGGCCUCAUCUUCACCUGCCGCAGUACCCCCUACCGCAUCGGCACGGACGAGUACAUCCUCAAAUGGAAGCCCCCCUCUGAGAACACCAUCGACUUCCGCCUGCGUCUCGAGUUCCCCCUCCUCGAACCGGACACGGACGACGAGGCCGACGGCAUCACCGAGCCCUACCCGGACUACGAUGUCAUCCCCAUCUGCCAUCUGUUUGUCAUGCUCAACGCCAACGAAUACCAGUCCUGGGGUGAGAUGUACGUCACCGAGUCGGACUGGGAGGCCCUCAAGGCCCUGCAGGCCCCGCUGGACGACUCGAUCGUCGAAUGCUUCAAGGACGAGCAAGGGAGAUGGCGGUUCCAUCGGCUCCGCGACGACAAGGCCGACGCCAAUCACAUCUCGACCGUCGAGAAGGUGCUUGAGAGUAUCGAAGACCGCGUCACCGAGGAGGAUCUCAUCCGCGUCGCGCCGGCAAUCAAAGCCUCCUGGAAGAAACGGCAGGCCCAGGCCGCUACGGAGGAGGAAGAACGCAGACGGCGUGCGAGACAGAUGCCACCCGGCGCGAAUGGAAAUGGGGUCAAGAGGAAAUUCGAGGAGUAG